AUGUCGGACGAUGAAGGUAACCCUCUGGGUGCCUUUGCCAUCAGCGAGGAUUUCGUGCAAUCUCCAACACAUCGACAAGCUGGCACAAACAAGGUCGACUUCGACGGACUACUGCAAGAAAAGCCACUCCAGCUCCAUGAGGAUCUAGCAAAAGGGAACGGAGGCCAAGCCUGGCCGGCUGGUCAUGUUCUGGCCAAGUAUCUGCUACGGAUGAAGAGGGAUGAGCUGAAGAAAUGCAAUUCGAUCGUUGAGCUUGGUUCAGGAGGUGGUUUGGUCGGGCUAGCCGUUGCCGUGGGGUGCAGACCGGCCCAUACCAUGUGCAUUACAGAUCAGGAGUCGAUGUUGGCUCUUAUGCAAAGAAAUAUCCAAUUAAACAGCCUUCAAACUGCUGUCCGCGCUGCAGUCUACGAGUGGGGUGGUGCGCGACCAGCCGAUGUUCCUGCGCAUCCGGAUAUCGUUCUUGCAGCUGACUGCGUGUAUUUCGAACCAGCUUUCCCGCUGCUGCAGAAAACCCUCGAGGACCUCAUCGGUGCAAACAGCAUAUGCUAUUUCUGUUUCAAGAAGAGGCGGCGAGCAGACAUGCAAUUCAUGAAGGCCGCCCGAAAGACCUUCAUCAUCGAGGACGUGCUUGACGAUCCAGAUCGAGAGGUUUACGCCCGUGAGAACAUUUCUCUGUAG